CUGAUAGUCGUCGGUCAUAUUCGCGGAAUAUUAAACCUACAUUUCUGUUUCUUCACGCCUCCUGAACAAACCGUCGGCAGCAGAUGACUCAGUCUUUGGUGUGAUUUCGCCCGGCGCGGUAGAACUUUGAAUCCUCGCUCUCUCGGUUAACAAAUGUCGCGACGUGGUUUUGUGUGAUCUGGGAUUUUUUCCCUCAAGUGCAAGCGAUUUGUUGGUUGUGAUCUGAUCUGUGGUUAAUUUCAAUUGCAAUCGAAGAAGGUGCCUUUCUCCGAUUAAGCCGCGAGUGAUUGAUUCGUCUAGACGAUUUGAUUGGCAGAAGAAAUUCCAACUGUCGUGUGAAAAGUGUUGCAUGUCCGCUGCAUUCAUAGGCCCGUGACAGAAACCGGGGAGGAAAAAAUCGUAAAAUAGAUUACGCUCUGAAAUGAUGAAAAUGAAACUAGUUGUGCUGUGGCGGCAGCAAAAGCCUGCCUUCCUAGUGCCGUUGCUCCUAGGGCUGGUGGUGCUGUUAAUGGAUUCGACGCCGAUCACCGAUGGGGCGGUUUUCCAAAGUGAAAGCUGCUCGGACUCGGAAGCGCUCGUCUUCUACCGGAUCAAGCUGGCGACCAACUGGAGCAAGAAGCUCUUUCCGAAGCACUAUCCCGAGUUUCGGCCUCCGCCGCAGUGGAGCAUCACCUACGGGCAAAGCCACAACAACUCAUACCAUUUGUUCCGAAUGAAGGAUUAUGCGUCACCGGCCAUUCAAGCCUUUGCUGAAUCAGCCCAUUCGCGCACUCUGCAGGAGGAGCUGGCUCGUCAAAACUCCAUUAUCUACGAUGAGUUUCAUAUGGCGAAAAUCCCGAAAGGUGCUGGAUCAACGCAGGGAACGUUCUUCGUCGACGGCCGUCAUCACAAGGUCUCCUUCAUCACCAAGAUCAUCCCCUCGCCGGACUGGUUCAUCGGACUGGAUUCGUAUGAUCUGUGUUCCGACGGACAAUGGGUCGAUGACAUAACCUUAGAUUUGCACCCCGUGGAUGCUGGCACGAGCAAUGGUCUAACCUUCACCUCACCAAAGUGGCCAACCAAUCCUCCGGGCGUCAUUGAAAAGAUUACUGCUCGUUAUCCAAACCACUUCGCCAGCAGCUUUUUCUAUCCGGAAAUCAAACACCUUCCAGCGAUUGCGAAAGUGACAUUCACGAAGCUGCACGAGUACCACGGAACAAAUAACGUCCAAAAGAAGAUGAAGAAGCUCAAGAACAAACAACGUAAACGGUUGCUGAAGAAGUUGGCACUCGUUAAUCGGAAGCAGGAAAACGAAACCAUCAAGCAGAUAAACGAUUGCGAGGUGAGCAAGUGGUCCGAGUGGAGCGCCUGCAGUCAGUCGUGUGGGCUGGGCAAACGCACUCGCACCCGGGUCGUGGUGAAACACUCCAAGGAUCAAGGCCAGGAUUGUCCCCGGCUGAUGGAGACGCAGUGGUGCGGAUCGGCGAGGGAGUGCACCGACGGGGACAGCUAUUUUCGGUGGUAGCAGUAGGGCUGGAUGGUCUGCGGGGGAGCUUGAGUGUUGAGAUGAUUAAAUUGUUGAACUGAAA